CCCUAUCCAAGUAUUGCCUCUGUCUCUGGUUCUCCAGUGUUACCUUGAAAAAUGAAGUCCACAUGGAUCCCAUGCUGUCUUGGUCUACUGUUGUUGUUUGACGUGUGCUGUGCCUUGAAUGAUGACAAAAGGCCUAAUUUUGUCCUGAUGAUGGUCGACGACUUGGGGAUUGGAGACUUGGGCUGCUAUGGGAACACAACCUUGCGGUAAGUUACAGUGAUGUAAACUGCAACAGGCUUUUUAUGUUCUAUCCCAUGUUUCUAAGCAUGUCAUUCCUGCAUUACAUUUACUUAUCAUUUGUAGUUGUGAUUCCAAACAAAAAUGUCCAUCCUCGGAAGACACCUUUAAAACAUGACUAAAACGCCUCCUUCCAGAUGAUGAGCCCUACCGUGUUGUGUUGUUGUGUCUGCAGGACCCCCAACAUCGACAUGCUGGCUCAGGAGGGGGUGAGGCUGACGCAGCACAUCGCUGCUGCCCCCCUCUGUACGCCCAGUAGGGCAGCCUUUCUGACAGGCCGAUACCCAAUACGAUCUGGUGAGGCGAGACAUAAACAACAAAUCAAAUCAAAUGUUAGAUGUCACAUGCGCCGAACGGGCGUAGACUUUACCGUGAAAUAGUAAAAAUAGUAAUACAAUAGUAAUAAAAUAUACUACAACAACAACAACAACAAGAGCUCAAUGUAUAGCCUACCUCCUGGGGUUUGACACAAAGCUUUGCCUAGUAGUAUUAUUUGAUCACUUAACAGAUCACUAGCUAGUAUUGAUAGGCCGAACUAGUAUUAUGUAGCGUUAGCUAUGCAUUAGUAAGGCUAAGUGGAGUGAACAGCUCAUAGAACAUGAUAAAUAGCAUGUUCACCACAAUGCAGCAGGAUGAAUAGUACAUCAUCAUUCCACUGUAUGAUUUUAUACUUUUGUUACUCUCUCCACUUUGUGAUUUGAUAUCAAUUUUUGAUCCUAUUUUUGUCUUGAACAGGUAUGGCCGGCCUUGGACAGUUAGGGGUGUAUGUUAUCUCUGCUGCAUCUGGCGGUCUUCCCAGUGAAGAAGUCACCUUUGCCAAGGUCGCCAAACGACAGGGCUACGAGACUGCUCUCAUAGGUGAGCCAAAGUCCUCUCCUUUGUUUUUCUUUGAUACUAUGUAAAGCGUCUUUAGGUCCAUGAAAAACUGUACAUAUAACCCAUUUAUUAUCGUCAUGAGUCUGUAUCAAUACUUCUCACUUUGGGAAUAGGGAACACGCGUGAGCAGUGACAGUUAAUUUGAUUGGUUGCAGCAAUGUGUCUGUUUUGUUGUUUGAAUGUCUUUUCAAUUCUGACUGUAUAGCUAUAGCUACAUGAUUGAUUUGAUUUUAAUAGUAUAAUAGCUUUCAUAUUCAAAUUGGCUUCUCAAUGGUUGUCCAGACAACAGACUAAAGUACAUUUACAUUUGAGUUGACAUUCAAGGUCUUGUUCUUUGAUGUACAACAUCCUCACAGGCUUUUCAGUAACCCAAGUUGACAUAUUAUUAAAUGUAAUAAUUGGCAUCAUCUGCCUUUUUUCUCCACUGUUGAAAACACUUUACGUGUGGUAAUUUAAGGCCGUUGUUCUUUGUAGAUGCCUCAAGUUGCCAGUUUAUAUGGUCCAUCAUCUGCCCCUUCACUCCACUGUAGGAAAAUGGCACCUUGGUCUUAACUGUGAGAGGAACGACGACUACUGUCACCACCCCAGUGCUCACGGCUUCGACCACUUCUACGGUAUAACCCUGACCAACCUGCGUGACUGUCAGCCCGGCCACGGCUCCAUCUUUACCAAUGUCAGAGCACACAUACCCUUCAAGGUGAUGUACAGUAUACAAUGCAUUUUUAUGAUAUACAAUAUUUUGGUUUAAUCAUUAAAUUGUUAGGAGCAUAUACAGUGGCUUGUGAACGUAUUCACCCCCCUUGGCAUUUUUCCUAUUUUGUUGCCUUACAACCUGGAAUUAAAAUGGAUUUUGGGGGGGGUUGUAUCAUUUGAUUUACACAACAUGCCUACCACUUUGAAGAUGCAAAAUAUUUCUUCCUAUGAAACAAACAAGAAAUAAGACAAAACAAAAGAACUUGAGCAUGCAUAACUAUUCACCACCCAAAGUCAAUACUUUGUAGAGCCACCUUUUGCAGCAAUUACAGCUGCAAGUCUCUUGUGGUAUGUCUCUAUAAGCUUAGCACAUCUAGCCACUGGGAUUUUUGCCCAUUCUUCAAGGCAAAACUGCUCCAGCUCCUUCAAGUUGGAUGGGUUCCGCUGGUGUACAGCAAUCUUUAAGUCAUACCACAGAUUCUCAAUUGGAUUGAGGUCUGGGCUUUGACUAGGCCAUUCCAAGACAUUUAAAUGUUUCCCCUUAAACCACUCAAGUGUUGCUUUAGCAGUAUGCUUAGGGUCAUUGUCCUGCUGGAGGGUGAACCUCCGCCCCAGUCUCAAAUCUCUGGAAGACUGAAACAGGUUUCCCUCAAGAAUUUCCCUGUAUUUAGCGCCAUCCAUCAUUCCUUAAAUUCUGACCAGUUUCCCAGUCCCUGCUGGUGAAAAACAUGGUGUUCUCGGGGUGAUGAGAGGUGUUUUCCUUGAUGGCAGAACAAUUUAUUUUAGUCUCAUCUGACCAGAGUACCUUCUUCCAUAUGUUUGGGGAGUCUCCCACAUGCCUUUUGGCGAACACCAAACGUGUUUGCUUAUUUUUUUCUUUAAGCAAUGGCUUUUUUCUGGCCACUCUUCCGUGUACAGCUUAAAGUGGUCCUAUGGACAGAUACUCCAAUCUCUCCGCUGUGGAGCUUUGCAGCUCCUUCAGGGUUAUCUUUGGUCUCUUUGUUGCCUCUCUGAUUAAUGCUCUCCUUGCCUGGUCCGUGAGUUUUGGUGGGCGGCCCUCUCUUGGCAGGUUUGUUGUGGUGCCAUAUUCUUUCCAUUUCUUAAUAAUGGAUUUAAUGGUGCUCCGUGGGAUGUUCAAAGUUUCUAAUAUUUUUUUAUAACCCAACCCUGAUCUGUACUUCUCCACAACUUUGUCCCUGACCUGUUUGGAGAGCUGCUUGGUCUUUAUGGUGGCGCUUGCUUGGUGGUGCCCCUUGCUUAGUGGUGUUGCAGACUCUGGGGCCUUUCAGAACAGGUGUGUAUAUAUACUGAAAUCAUGUGACACUUAGAUUGCACACAGGUGGACUUUAUUUAACUAAUUUUGUGACUUCUGAAGGUAAUUGGUUGCACCAGAUCUUAUUUAGGGGCUUCAUAGCAAAGGGGGUGAAUACAUAUGCACGCACCACUUUUCCGUUAUUAAUUUUUUUGAAACAAGUAAUUUUUUCCAUUUCACUUCACCAAUUUGGACUAUUUUGUGUAUGUCCAUUACAUGAAAUCCAAAUAAAAAUCAAUUUAAAUUACAGGUUGUAAUGCAACAAAAUAGGAAAAACGCCAAGGGGGGAUGAAUACUUUUGCAAGGCACUGUACAGAGUGUCUUUCUUCUACAUCUGCAUUGCUUGCUGUUUGGGGUUUUAGGCUGAGUUUCUGAAUAGCACUACAUCUGCUGAUGUAAAAAGGGCUUUAUAAAUAAAAAACAGUUUACUCUCCAUUAGUCAGCACCUCUCCAACCAUUUUGGGGUGUGCUUCAGCUCAUGAUUUUUACUACAGUAUUACAUUGAGUAUUUUUACUUGAUGUAUGUAUCCUGGUGUAGCAUGGUCCCAGAUCUGUUUGUGCUCUUGCCAACGCCAUUGCUGUCAUAGUCAAGCCAACCAAAGUGAUAAGGAGUUGGCAUGAUGGCAUAAACAGACUGGUGCUCAGACUUGUUUGUUGUAUGUAGUUUGGUUGAGCUUUUAGCUAUAAAGCAAAUUGUCCCUCAGGGAUAGGAUAGUAAAGAUUCUCAACUUUACCCUACAAGACCCUGGGAGUGGGUGUGGCUACCGUGACCCUCCUGCAUGCGAGGGGUGUGGUCACCAUGCGGAGGAAGUUGGUGCUGAGUGUGGUGGCGUUGGUGGGCGCGGUGGCGGCCAUCUUUGGUACAUUCGUCAUCACGUUCCCCAACUUCAACUGCUUUCUGAUGAGGAACCGGGAGGUGGUCGAGCAGCCAUAUGUCUCAGAGAACCUGACCCAGAGAAUGACAGAUGAAGCAGUGGACUUUUUAGAAAGGUGAGUUUUUUUAUUUAUUGCUCCCCUACUACAUGAUAGAUUGAGACAGAAUAGAAGCCAAAUUGCAUGUUUGUGUGUGCGUGCGUGAGUGUGUUUGAUUAUUGAUGUUUGUUUGUGUCCUGCGAGUGGGAAGAAAGUCUAAAGGGUAUGUAAGGAAAGUGUGUGUAAAGGGUUGGUGACCUAGGUGACUGUCGGUAAAAUAAAAGCAUACUGUAACUGUACACAUUAGUUGUCAUACAAUUAUUUUAUUCCAUUUACACUAUUGACUAUUUUGACAGGAACUCUGCACUACCCUUCCUGUUGUUCUUCUCCUUCAUUCAAGUGCACACGGCCAUGUUUGCAUCACCAGCCUUCCAGGGGACCAGUCAGCACGGUAUCUAUGGAGACGCUGUUCAUGAAGUGGACUGGAGUGUUGGUAAGAGUUGAUAUUUACUCUAUAUCGCUAUAUGGUCCUCUGUAGCUCAAUUGGUAGAGCAUGGCGCUUGUAACGCCAGGGUAGGGGGUUCGAUCCCCGGGACCACCCAUACCUAAAAAUGUAUGCACGCAUGACUGUAAGUUGCUUUGGAUAAAAGCGUCUGCUAAAUGGCAUAUUAUUAUAUGGCCUUUUUUUUUAUGUCCAAUAAGUUAAAAGGUUGGAAGACUUGAAAUGUCCACACUAAUUAUAUUUGAGAGGUUGGAAGAUUUGAUUGGUUUUUACCUAUUAAGUCCUGUUUCAUAACAUUUGUUUGUAGGUCAGCUCAUGCAGACUCUGGAGCGGUUGAACCUGAAGGAGAACACACUGGUUUACCUGACCUCAGACCAGGGGGCGCACCUUGAGGAGAUCUCAGUCUGGGGGGAGGUGCACAGAGGCUGGAACGGCAUCUACAAAGGUACAGUCUGUAACAGGGGGGAGUUGCACAGGGGCUGGAACAGCAUAUACAAAGGUACAGUCUGUAACAGCUUCAGAAGAACAAGUCAACAGAGGCCGAACAGCCAGAUGUCAAAUUUUCAGUUAAAACAUUUUUUAAUUAAUAGGUUAAAUUUUUUUUUAAAUAGAAGUAAAAAUAUUCAACAUUGAAGUGCAGGUGCAGAAAGGCUUUAGUUUGCAUCUGCAGUGGUUUAGUAGGGUAUAUUAAUAAGCAUGUAAAUGGAAAGUCAGAGCCAGUCAAUGCAUAGAAUAGAAUAAUAGAUUAGUAGAUAAAUUGCACAGAUGAUCUAUGUCCUCAUGCAUAAGAGACGAGACAUUUGCAUGAAAGGUUCUAGUAAGCCUUAUAUUUCAGUCGAGUGAUGAAGGACUUCCCAUAUUCUCAGUCCUCACAAAGUGCUUCGAUCUGUCUCUGAGCAGCAGGGAAAUCCACCAACUGGGAGGGGGGGAUCCGAGUUCCAGGACUGCUUCGUUGGACUGGGAUGUUACCUGCAGGGAAAGACAUUGAUGAACCCACCAGCAACAUGGACAUCUUCCCUACUGUGGUGAAGCUAGCCGGAGGGAUGGCACUGGGGGACAGGUGAGUAGUGUGAAAUUGCUGAGGUCUGAGGGGCUUUGUUUGUUCAAGGACCUCUAUUUCUAUGGGUAAGCCCAAAGCACUAGGUAGGUUUUCUGGCAGCCUCAUCUGUCAGUCAAAACCACAGUGUUUGGAAUCUAGGUCACCAUAGAAACGAUAUGCACUCUUAGUGCUCUGAAUCACCCUAACUAGAGACAUUAUAUUCACAAUAGGUGUCACCAGGGACCUGCUAGGAAAAAUCUCAGCUAAUGAAAAAGCUCUCAAAACGGAUAAGGCUGAUCUAAACUUUGAUCAAAGGUUUUCAAGGGCCUUUGAGGUCUUUCUGCCUACGCAGAGGAUCAUUCCUACAGUGUGCUCCAUUUCUGUGUCUCAGAGAUAAUUUAUUGUGUUGUGUGUGUGUGUGUUCUGUGUGUGUCUUCUCUUCCUAGAGUGAUAGACGGUCAUGACCUCAUGCCCCUGCUGCAGGGGGAAGUUGAGAGAUCAAAGCAUGAGUUUCUCUUCCAUAACUGUAAUGCCUACCUCAACGCUGUCAGGUGGCAUCCUCCCAACAGUAAGUCCACAUUUCCAAUGUAAUCGUUUUUAAAGAAUGCAAUUGAAUUACUGUAACGAUGCUGCUAAUAAUGAUUGAGUGAGAAUUCCAAUGUUUUUUGUAAGCAAGUUAACUUGAAACUUAAACUACUAUGGUGGUUGUAAUUCAUUGUAAAUCUUUAAGGUUAUUCAAUAUGGAAGGUGUUCUUUUUCACUCCGGACUUCUACCCCGAGAACGGAACAGCCUGCAUGCAUACCCAUGCCUGUUUCUGCACCGCAUCCUACGUGACCUACCAUGACCCCCCUUUGCUCUUUGACCUCUCCCGCGACCCCUCGGAGACCACGCCCCUGACCCCAGACACGGAACCCACCUUCCACUCGGUCCUGGAGGAGAUCCGGGCUGCGGUGGCCCUCCAUAAGGAGUCCAUCACCCCCGUUCAGGACCAGCUCGCCCCAGGACACCUCCUAUGGAAGCCCUGGCUGCAGCCCUGCUGCUCCUCCCUGUCCCAGCUCUGCAGGUGUGAGAGAGAUGGUGGGAGAGACGGCCACCGGAGCACUGUAGAGGCAGACUCUCCACAGGAUCAGCACAUCAUUGCUUAA